AUGCCAAUUAAUCAGCCUUCUGGUCAAAUUAAACUAACAAAUGUUUCUUUGGUUAGGUUGAAGAAGGCAAAGAAAAGAUUCGAAAUAGCCUGCUAUCAAAAUAAAGUUCAGGAUUUUCGGAAAGGUGUCGAAAAGGAUUUAGAUGAGGUCCUACAAAUUCACCAAGUUUUCACAAAUGUUUCGAAAGGUUUAGUCGCUCCCAAAGAUGAUCUACAAAAAUGUUUUGGUACUACAGAACUAGAUCCUAUUAUUGAAGAGAUUAUGAAAAAAGGUGAAAUUCAGCUAUCUGAAAAAGAAAGACAGCUAAUGAUAAAUAAAAUUAAUAAUGAAUUGCUCACUAUUGUAAGCGCAAAAUGUAUAAAUCCAAAGUCUAAGAAAAGAUAUCCACCAACAAUGAUUCAUAAAGCCUUGAAUGAAUUGAAAUUUAGUCCAGUUCUUAACAAAUCUACCAAGAUUCAGGCACUGGAUGCGAUCAAAUUAUUGGUAUCCAAGCAAAUUAUACCUAUAGUUAGAGCAAAGAUGAGAGUUAAAAUUUCACUCAAUGUUGCAGAAAUAGAAACAAUCGACAAGAUUAAAAUUUUAAUCAAUGAUAAUAGUCCUCAAAACAAUGGUGAGAUAAAUUGGAUUUUCAAUGGUUUGAUUGACCCAGUUACUUAUAGAGAUCUAGUGAAUUUAUGUGAUGGUAAGGGAACUAUUCAAGUACUUGAUAUGGCUGUUAUAGAUGAUUCUAAUUAA